GGUAACUCUUAUUAUAUUGUAACUAAGUUACUUGGUUGUAUCUCCCACUGAACUGUCUCUUGACUGAAAUAAAUAUGUCAACUGUUUGAGUACUUUUUUCACACAUAAGUCACUACUUCAUUUUCCUAAACCAAAGCAUGGAAGAGAUGGGAAGUAAUUAAGGCCCAGUAAUCUAGAGGUCAUACUAUGCAAGGGAUAUGGUGUGUCUAUUAGCAACAGGUUCCAUUGGCUUAUAAGGCACUGCCUGAAGCUUCCAGGGAAAUAUAUAGGGGAAACAGUCCAGAGGAUUCAGGAUGGUCUGGUAUGACUCUGGACUAGCUCUAUCUGGACGGCCCAGUCCCUACACUGACCCCAGAAUGACACCAUAAUGCAGCCCUCUCUGACAUAUUUGUAACUCUGCUUGCCACAUAAUCAGUAUCCUCAUCUCCUAGCGCAUGGUAAUAACAUUAUCUUUAAUAUAAAGAUGUACCUAUUUGCAGUCACUACCUCUAUCACCACCACCAGCAGAGCCUGAGCUAAGGAAACCACGGUUCUCAAUACCCAGCACACCCACUUCCAAUUAUCUGUUAAAACAUGGUGGAUUACUAUGAAGUUCUAGGAGUGCAAAGAUAUGCUUCACCUGAGGACAUUAAAAAAGCUUAUCAUAAAGUGGCACUUAAAUGGCACCCUGAUAAAAAUCCAGAAAAUAAAGAAGAAGCAGAGAGAAAAUUCAAAGAAGUAGCUGAGGCAUACGAGGUAUUAUCAAAUGAUGAAAAACGGGACAUUUACGAUAAAUAUGGCAAAGAAGGAUUAAAUGGAGGUGGAAGUCAUUUUGAUGAUGAAUGUCAGUAUGGCUUCACAUUCCAUAAGCCAGAUGAUGUUUUUAAAGAAAUUUUUCAUGAAAGGGAUCCAUUUUCUUUUCACUUCUUUGAAGACUCGCUUGAGGACCUGUUAAAUCAUCCAAAAAGCUCCUAUGGAAACAGAAGCAGAGACGCAGGAUCCUUUUUCUCUACCUCCAGUGAAUAUCCAAUUUUUGAGAAAUUUUCUUCAUAUGAUACAGGAUAUACAUCACAGGGUUCACUGGGGCAUGAAGGCCUUACUUCGUUCUCUUCCCUGGCUUUUGAUGAUAGUGGAAUGGACAACUACAUAUCUAUUACAACUUCAGACAAAAUUGUUAAUGGCAGAAAUAUUAAUACAAAGAAAAUUAUUGAAAGUGAUCAAGAAAGAGAAGCUGAAGAUAAUGGAAAGUUGACAUUUUUUCUUGUAAAUAGUGUGGCCGAUGAAGAGGGCUUUGCAGAAGAAUGCAGCUGGAGAAGACAGUCAUUGAACAACUAUUCACCAAAGUCUCACAGCUCCAAACAUGUAUCUCAACGUACUUUUGUGGACAAUGAUGAGGGAGGUAUAUCUUGGGUUACCAGCAACCGGGAUCCCCCUACUUUCUCAGCAGGAGUCAAAGAGGGUGGUAAGAAGAAAAAAAAGAAGCGUAAAGAGGUGCGAAAGAAGUCUACCAAAAGGAAUUGUUAAAUUGACUCUUCAAACAUAACAUUUGAACACAAUUGUGUGUGUUUUGGUUAAUCACAAAUUUUGUAGAUAACACUUGUUUAAUACUAUACUAAGAGCUUUUCAACACUCUUAA